AUGGAACACAAGAGUCAAUCCCAGAGUAUCUACUCUCAGCUUGCAGAGACAUCAGAGACCCAGUUUGCCAAGGCUGCGUCUGAACUGCAGAGUGAGAACAAGUACAAGGCAGGGAAGAAGGAGAUCAGCAGCUGCCUGUACUCCCUUCUCCCUGAAACCCUGGAUACACAACACGCCAAGGAGAUGACUGACAUGCUCAGUGAGAUCAAAUACAAAGAAGAGGGGAGGAAAGAGAUGUCUGUCAACCUCUACUCUCUGCUUCCUGAAACCGCGGAGACGCAGUUCGCCAAGGAGGUUUCCGACCUGCAGAGCGAGGUCAAGUACAAAGAGGGGCAGAAGAUCUCCACCAGCCUGUACUCUCUGCUCCCAGAAACCACCCAGACACAGCUGGCCAAGCAGAUGUCCGAACUACAGAGUGAGGCUAAGUACAAAGAAGCAGGGAAGAAGGAAGCCUCCACCUCUCUGUACCACCUGUUACCAGAGACCCUGGACACCCAACAUGCUAAAGAGGCCACAGAGCUGCUCAGCGAGAUUAAAUACAAAGAGGAGGGUAAGAAGGAGAUGUCCAGCUCUCUCUACUCCCUGCUUCCUGACACCACACACACACAGUUUGCCAGAGAGAUGACCGAGAUGCAGAGUGAGAACAAGUAUAAAGAGGAUGGGAAGAGGAGCGUCUCCACCAGUGUGUACUCCCAGCUCCCAGAGACGGUGGAGACCCAGUUUGUCAAGGCUGUAUCUGAGCUGCAGAGCCAGAAGAAGUACAAGGAGUCUGGGAAGAAGGAGGCCUCCACCUCUCUGUAUCAGAAGCUACCAGAAACCAUGGAGACCCAACACGCCAAAGAAGCCUCCCAGCUACAGAGUGAGAUCAGGUACAGGGAGGGUCAGAAAAAUGACCCGCCUCCUCUCUACUCCACGAUGCCAGGCACCUCCCACACACAGUUUGUCAAGCAGCAGACUGAGAUGAUCAGCGAGGUCAAAUAUAAGGAGGAGGGAAAGCAGGAGAUGUCCUCUAACCUAUACUCCCUGCUCCCUGAGACUAUAGAGACACAGUUGGCCAAACAGCUUACAGAGAUGCAGAGCGAGACCAAAUACAAGGAAGCAGGUAAAAAACAGGCCUCCACCUCUCUGUACCAACUGUUACCAGAGACCCUGGAGACCCAACAUGCUAAAGAGGCUUCCCAGCUUCAGAGUGAGCUCGUGUAUAAAGGCACUGGAAAGAGGGAUCUCACUGGCCCCUCCUACUUCCAGCUGCCAGAGACACUGGAGACCCAGUUUGCCAGGGAGAUGACCGACAUGUUGAGCGAGAACAAGUACAAGGAGCAAGGCAGAAAGAGUCGAUCCCAGAGUAUCUACUCCCAGCUGGCAGAGACAUCAGAGACCCAGUUUGCCAAGGCUGUGUCUGAGAUGCAGAGUGAGACUAAGUAUAAGAAAGCUGGGAAGAACGUGUCCAGCUCUCUCUACUCUGUGAUGCCAGAAACCAUGGAGACGCAGCACGCAAAACAGGCCUCGCUCUUACAGAGUCAGGUGAGGUACAAGGAGGGGUGUAAGAAGGACCACAACUCGUCCGUGUUCUCCACCAUGCCAGAGACCACUGAGACCCAGCUGGCCAAGGAGCUGACACACAUGCAGAGCCAGGUGCAGUACAGAGGGGAGGGGAGGAAGGAGGUGUCGUCCAGCCUCUUCUCUCUCCUCCCAGACACAGCGGACACUCAGUUUGCCAAGCAGAUGUCUGAGAUACAGAGUGAGCUGCAGUACAAGAGAGACAAAGAGGAGCUGUCCUCUAACCUGUACUCUCUUCUUCCUGAAACCAUGGAGACCCAGUUUGCUAAACAGAUGUCUCAGACACACAGUGAGGCUAAGUACAAAGAAGCAGGGAAGAAGGAGGCCUCCAACUCUCUGUACCACCUGUUACCAGAGACUCUGGACACCCAACAUGCUAAAGAGGCCUACCAGCUACAGAGUGAGAUCAAGUACAAGGAGGUGGUGAAGAAGGAGAUCUCCACACCUCUCUACGCCCUGCUCCCUGACACAGUAGAGAUCCAGUCGGCCAGAGAGCAGACUGACCUGCAGAGUCAGAACAAGUACAAGGAGAGUGGGAAGAGGAGCAUGUCCAGCAGCAUCUACUCCCAGCUCCCAGAGACGGCAGAGACCCAGUUCGCCAAGACCGUGUCUAAUCUGCAGAGUGAGACCCAAUACAAGAAAGCAGGUAAAAAACAGGCCUCCACCUCUCUGUACCACAAGCUACCAGAGACCCUGGAGACCCAACAUGCUAAAGAGGCUUCCCAGCUUCAGAGUGAGGUGAGGUACAAGGAGGGGUGUAAGAAGGACCACAACUCGUCUGUGUUCUCCACCAUGCCAGAGACCACUGAGACCCAGCUGGCCAAGGAGCUGCAGGGGCUCUACAGCCAGGUGAAGUAUGGUGAGGAGGGCAGGAAGCUGGCCUCCAGGUCUCUCUACUCCCUCCUGCCAGAGACAGCAGAGACUGUGCUGGCCAAGCAGCACUCUGAAGUGCAGAGUGAGCUGAUGUACAAGAGAGACAAAGAGGAUCUGUCCUCCAACCUGUACUCUCUCCUGCCUGAAACCAUGGAGACCCAGUUUGCCAAAGAGAUGGCUCAGACACACAGUGAGGCUAAGUACAAAGAAGCAGGGAAGAGGGAAGCCUCUGUCUCUCUGUACCAACUGUUACCAGAGACCCUGGAUACCCAACAUGCUAAAGAGGCCUCCCAGCUACAGAGUGAGAACAAGUACAAAGAAGAAGGUAGGAGGACCAUGUGCACCAGCUUGUACUCCCAGCUGCCCCAGACAGCAGAGACACAAUUUGCUGCCAAACUCUCAGACAUGCAGAGUGCGAACAAGUAUAAGGAGGAUGGGAAGAGGAGCGUCUCCACCAGUGUGUACUCCCAGCUCCCAGAGACGGUGGAGACCCAGUUUGUCAAGGCUGUGUCUGAGCUGCAGAGCCAGGUCAAGUACAAGGAGGGGGGUCUGAAGGAGGCGUCUGACUCUCUGUACCACCUGUUACCAGAGACCCUGGACACCCAGCACGCUAGAGAGGCCUCCCAGCUACAGAGUGAGGUCCUGUAUAAACAGGAAGGUAAGAAGGAGAGAAGCAGCAACCUGUACUCCUUGCUACCUGAGACAGAGGAGACCCAACGUGCCAAAGCUGUGAUGGGGCUGCAGAGUGAGACCAAAUACAAGCAGAAAGGUAAAGAAGAGACCUCCAGCUGUAUCUUCUCACAGCUCCCUGAGACUAAAGAGAUUGAGUUUGCUAAGCUGGUGACAGAACUGCAGAGCGAGUCCAAGUACAAGAGAGACAAAGAGGAGCUGUCCUCCAACCUGUACUCUCUCCUACCUGAAACCAUGGAGACCCAGUUUGCUAAAGAGAUGGCUCAGACACACAGUGAGACUAAGUACAAGGAGGCCAGUAAGAAGGAUCUGGUGAACUCACUGUACUGCCAGUUGCCCCAGACCAGCGAAACACAACAUGCCAAGGAGCUCUCCCAGCUUUACAGCCAGAAAAGCUAUCGUGAGGAGGGCAGGAAGGAAGCAGUCUCCAGCCUGUACUCCAUCAUGCCUCAGACCAUCGAGACGGUCUUCGCCAAGGAGGUGGCCAAGCACCAGAGUGACAAGCUGUAUAAGGAGCAGUAUAACGCAGGCAAGGGCAGGUCCAGCUACAGCAGCAUGAAGACUUUGCCUGAGGUCCAGCAUGCCAUGGAGGUCAACAAGCAGCAGAGCGAGAUUAACUACAGAAAGGGGAAGGAGGAUCUUCACAGCUACAAUGCCCUAGCAGACAGACCUGACAUCAUCAAUGCCACACAGGCCACCAAACUUGCCAGCGACGUGGCCUACAGAAGCAAAUCUAAACAUGAGGUGUAUAACGAGCAGUAUGGUCUGGGACGCUCCGAUAUAGAACACGCCAAGGAGGCUUCCAAACUGGCCAGCCAGGUGAAGUACAAGGAGAAGUUUGACAAGGACUUUAAGGGCCAGAAGCCUCAGUAUAACCCUGGGGACUGCCUUUCCUUCAAACACUCACAGGCAGCUUCUGCACUGGCCAGUCAGAACCUCUGA